CGUUGUGAGUAGAGUCUAAGGAGGCUUUAUAAACAGAAGACCCCAUGUGUCCACUUGAAACUUGACUUCUUGAACAGUUUAAGUAUUCUAUUAGUCAUCGACGCAUUAUUCCCGCUUUUCAGAAUGUCUACAGAAAACUUCAGAAUGCCCACAGACAACUUUUCAGACUUGGAGCUGGAGCUAACCGAUCUGCUCCAGGAGUUCGCUGAUGUGGUUGAGGAGUUGAGAGAGCCUUCACAAAGCGUCCCGUACGCAUACGAGCGGCUCCUGUCUGAAGCCAAACGGCGCACCGGGCUGCGGGACGACGGCUCAGUGGUCAGCGACAGCGGCGUGGAGGACAAUAGUGACUGCAGCAGUGAGGUGUCUCUGGGUAACAGUUGGAACACCAGCGAAGAAGAGCUCCACACUGCAGGCAUAACAGUGACGCCCAAAGCCAGAAUGGGAGACACAGGAGACCUACAGAGAUUCAUCGACAGUUUGGACCGGGAACUUGCUGAUAUGUGAACGGAAAGAGACGGAGAGAUGUAGACGGAGAGAUGUAGACGGAGAGAGACGGAGAGAGACGGAGAGAGACGGAGAGAGACGGAGACGGAGAGAGACGGAGAGAGACGGAGAGAGACGGAGAGAGACGGAGAGAGAGACGGAGAGAGAGACGGAGAGAGACGGAGAGAGAGACGGAGAGAGAGACGGAGAGAGAGACGGAGAGAGACGGAGAGAGAGAGACGGAGAGAGAGAGACGGAGAGAGAGAGACGGAGAGAGAGACGGAGAGAGAGACGGAGAGAGAGACGGAGAGAGAGACGGAGAGAGACGGAGAGAGACAGAGACGGAGAGAGACGAGAGAGACGGAGAGAGAGACGGAGAGAGAGAGACGGAGAGAGAGAGACGGAGAGAGAGACGGAGAGAGAGACGGAGAGAGACGGAGACGGAGAGAGACGGAGAGAGAGACGGAGAGAGACAGAGAGAGAGACGGAGAGAGAGACGGAGAGAGACGGAGAGAGAGACGGAGAGAGACGGAGAGAGAGACGGAGAGAGAGACGGAGAGAGACGGAGAGAGAGACGGAGAGAGACGGAGAGAGAGACGGAGAGAGACGGAGAGAGAGACGGAGAGAGACGGAGAGAGAGACGGAGAGAGAGACGGAGAGAGAGACGGAGAGAGAGACUGAGAGAGAGAGAGACGGAGGGAGAGACGGAGAGAGAGACGGAGAGAGAGACGGAGAGAGACGGAGAGAGAGACGGAGAGAGACGGAGAGAGAGACGGAGAGAGAGACGGAGAGAGAGACGGAGAGAGACGGAGAGAGAGAGAGAGACGGAGAGAGAGACGGAGAAGGCGAGAGAGCUGCUGAGACCACGUGGAAAGAGAAGAGAGAACAGGCUGCAUGGAUGGCUACUGCUGAACACACACACACACACACACACACACACACACACACACACACACACACACACACACACACACACACACACACACACACACACACACACACACACACACACACACACACACACACACGCACAGAUCUAAAAUAGCACAGUUCUGUCCUGUUGUGUUCGGAGAAAGCCAGCUCUCUCCUGGCCCCUCUGGGGAAAAAAAGGUUAGACAUGAGGAAUUAAAAGAGCAUCAUGUUCCAAUAUCUAGAACACCACUGGAACUGAGGUGGUAGACUACAUCCCUUCCCUCAGACUGGUGACGUAGUCACACCUAAAUCAUGCUGUCUUAUAGUCAACCUGUCUCUCUUCAACAGGAGAACAUGAAGGUGUCUCUCUUCAACAGGAGAACAUGAACGUGUCUCUCUUCAACAGGAGAACAUGAAGGUGUCUCUCUUCAACAGGAGAACAUGAAGGUGUCUCUCUUCAACAGGAGAACAUGAAUGUGUCUCUCUUCAACAGGAGAACAUGAAGGUGUCUCUCUUCAACAGGAGAACAUGAAGGUGUCUCUCUUCAACAGGAGAACAUGAAUGUGUCUCUCUUCAACAGGAGAACAUGAAGGUGUCUCUCUUCAACAGGAGAACAUGAAGGUGUCUCUCUUCAAUCUUCAACAGGAGAACAUGAACCUGUCUCUCUUCAACAGGAGAACAUGAACCUGUCUCUCUUCAACAGGAGAACAUGAACGUGUCUCUCUUCAACAGGAGAACAUGAACCUGUCUCUCUUCAACAGGAGAACAUGAACGUGUCUCUCUUCAACAGGAGAACAUGAACCUGUCUCUCUUCAACAGGAGAACAUGAACGUGUCUCUCUUCAACAGGAGAACAUGAACCUGUCUCUCUUCAACAGGAGAACAUGAAUGAGUGCCAUUUAAUAUGCAGAUAUGAAUCAAAUCAAUGGGGGAAGCAGUAGAGACUCCACAGUAUCUUAUGAUCAGUAAGUGUUUAUGCCAACCUGCUGUUUCCUGGUGGAAGGCCUUAUAAUAGUGAAACCCAUUGUUAUCACAACCCAAUGUGUUGGAACCUCCCCAUGUACAGUAAUUGUGAAAAUGCUCCGUUUUAUAUUGUAAAGUGCAAAGUGAUGUACAGUAUUAUAUUAUACUAUACUACAAACAGACCAGUCCCUAACCUGAUGAUGAUAAUGAUUUUUGUACAGAGGAAUAAAGAUACGUAUUUAAACAAA